UUCAGUUUGUCGUAACCGUAAACGUAACGUAACGUAGUACUAGUACUAGUAAAUGAUUAGCAUGAAUGGCAUGUAUUAAACCCUAGUUAGGCCUACUGGUGUGUUGUUUUUGCUUUUACCAAAUUGGUUAUGCAUUUUGAGGAAUUGGGUCGAAAAACGUCAAUAUUUAACGAUUUCAGAGAUGUCCAAACAACGAAAAGAAGGCGAUAGACCUAUCCCGGUUUAUAUGAGGUUUAUUAUUUCCGGCAUGGCUGGAGUCUCCGCUACAAUAGUCAUACAUCCGCUGGAUGUUUUAAAGAACCGAAUGCAGCUGAGUGGAGAAGGAGGAAGGAAGAGUGAUCAUUCUAACACGUUUCAAGCGUUUAGAAAUAUAUUGUCCAAUGAAGGACCUAAAGGUCUGUACCAAGGGUUGUCCGCAAACAUAUGUCGUCAAGCUACAUACACGACUGUGAGAGUGGGAAUGUAUCAGAGUGGGGUGGAACUGUUAACUGGGGCAGGGUUUGGAACAUUUACGUCCCAGAUAUUGUCAGGCCUGACAUCAGGUGUGACGGCUGCUAUGGUUGGUGCACCGUCUGACGUAGCCUUGGUCCGCAUGAUGAGUGACGGUCGUCUGCCUGAAGACCAGCGUCGUAACUACAGACACGUCGGUAACGCAAUCACUCGUAUUGUCCGUGAAGAGGGUUUCUUUACUCUGUGGAGAGGUCUUCUCCCAGCGACUGUGAGAGCGAUCCUCAGCUCAAUAACACAACUAGUCACAUACUCUAGGACUAAACACUAUCUCAUCAGUAAUGGUAUUAUGAACGAUGGACCCUUGUGCCACUUUGGCUGUAGUUUGGUGGCUGGAUUGACCUAUACCAUUUGCUCAAACCCAGUGGAUGUAGCCAAAACAAGGAUCCAGACAAUGUUCUCCGUGGAUGGUAAACCGCAGUACUCGGGCAUCUUUGACGUGUGGACCAAAACUGUGCGCACUGAAGGCGUCAAAGGCUUGUGGAAGGGAUUCUUACCAUACUACUUGAGAAUGGGACCCCAGACCACCUUACUAUUAGUAUUUACAGAACAAAUAACCUACAUUUACUCUGUUUACAUUCUGAAAAAUAAGGAAUCCUAUGGAUUGUAAUUCAAGGUUUCAAUACCUGCAUAACUGAUAGUUCGUAUGGUGUAGUGAUGCCAAAGUAAAAACUUAUUUAUUGAGAGAUUUUUACUGUGUGAAAAUACAGUUUAUCUAUAGUUUUUUAGUAAAAUCAAGUGUCCUUUGUGAUAAAUUUUAGAACUUGAUCAAAGUUUUUCAUAAGUAGGCCUAUAACUAUUUUUAAUAUACUAAUAGACUUAUUUUUUUGAAUAUUGAUGUUGAUAUUUUAGCUGUGAUAUUGAAAAAAAUUGACUAAAACCUAUUUACAACUGUACCUACCUUGUUUAUUAUUUACGUUCCAUCAACACCUUUCUUAUAACAACAAAGAAACUUUCUUUUUUGUACAGUUGAAUAGUGAAAUAAUAUAACCUGACAUUGUCACAGUUUGUUUUUAAAGAGUUAAUUAUUUCAAAAUACAGAUUGGUGUUUUUGUAAAAAUUUCAACUAUAACUAGACAAUAGCUGUUGAGCUUAGCUUAUUUGAUUAAUGUAGGCUACCAGACUGAAAAGAAGUGCCAAUUCUAACACAACAUGGAAGGUCAACUGUCAUCAAUGUAAUUUAUUGUUUUAUUUAUAAACAAAGAAAAGGAUCAAUCAAAUUUUCUUCAAAUGGUUCUACGGUGAGUGUACCAAAUAGUAUUUUUAACACAUUAGAUUAUUUGCUGCAUUUAAAAUCACCUUAGGCUUAGUGUAUUUGUAUUAAUAAUGUAACUGAAGUUUGUUUGUAUUUGUUGUAAAUAAAAGUUACAUGGAA